AUGUCUACGCAAACUAAGACACGUAAACGUAAAUGGGACCUUGACGAUCAAGGCAAGGAAGCCCCACCAGUAAGCAGCUCUACCGCCCCAACAGUAAAGUCAAUAAAAGUUGACGAAGGAAGCACUACUCCUGUAUCUCCUGCCACUACGCCAGCAGUGUCUGACGAUCCGAACAUUGCUACUGCUGUUGCCGCAGCAAAGAUACAGGCUAUGAUGAUUGCACAAGGAAUUCCCGUCAAGCCACCACCGUUGAAGUUGGAGGGUAGUGAUGAAGGAUCAAGCGGUACUGAGCUAAUAAUUGGUUCUAGGAAGGAUGGCGAUCUGGAAUUCACUAAAGACAUUGUCAUAAAUGAUUGCAAGAACAGAUACCUAUUAACCAAGGGGGCUACCCAACAACAAAUCCAAAAAGACACGGGCGCAGACGUGACCACAAGGGGAAAGUACUACCCUGACAAGAGUCUUGCUACAGAGAAAGAUCCGCCUCUUUAUUUACACAUAACAGCGGCAAGUCAGGAGUCUCUCGACGAGGCUGUUAAGAAAAUAGAGGAAAUGAUGGAACAGAUUUUUAAUACUGCACCUACUCAAAAUGCUCGUCAUGGUGCCUCUCAGCAUUCGGGUGGACGUCAAUUUGUUCAAGACAAGGUGUUCGUUGGGAUUGAACCAGAUCGCUCAUUUAAUGCGCGAGCUAAAAUUGUUGGUCCGCAGGGAGCAUUUGUUAAGCAUAUUCAACAGGAGACAGGUGCAAAAGUGCAAUUAAAGGGACGAGGAUCGGGUUAUGUUGAACCUACAUCGGGAGCGGAGGCAUUCGAGCCGUUACAUAUACAUAUCACAUGUUGGAAUCAGGAAGGAUUGGAAAAAGCCAAAAGAUUAUGCAAAGAUCUCAUAGGCACCGUGAAAGCAGAGUGGGAAAAGCAUAAAAUCCAGCAGGCUGCGUAUCAACCAUAUGGCAGAUCACCGUAUCCCCGCCCACCCGGUUAUGGACCGCCGCCGCCUCCUCCUCUUAUUGGAGGAUAUCCAGCAGCUCCGCCUCCUCCGCCUCCACCUCCCCCUCCUGGAAAUCCCCCAUUACCCAGCGGACCUCCGCAAUCACCGACAUCUACAUCUAAUAAUACUCCCUCUACCAGUACUAAUCAAAAUAAGACUGCCAGCCCAUAUAAUGGGAGCUCGACUAUACCAUACAAUAAUGCUUAUGGAGCUGAUGUAAAUGCAGCAUAUAAUUCAUCGACAACAGCUUAUAAUCCGUAUAAUCCGUAUAAUCAAGCGAGAUACUACCAGCAACAGUAUUCAUAUGGAUAUUAUACUCAGGGACAAGGUCAGACCGCGACAACAGGUGAUUCAAGCUAUUACUACGGAUAUUCAUCGGCCGGGUAUCAGCAACCGGCAACAAAUUAUGCAUCUACGUACUCGAGUGCUAGUGGUUAUUCUGCCACAUCAGCUGCCUCUCAACAGCCACAGCAUCAAUCUUUAUCUCCACCAGCGUCAAGUCCAGCGGGAUCAGUAGGAAGCGCAUACGAAGACAAGAGCAACACCGAUUAUCAUGCCGUUCCUCCACCAGAUUCUUAUGAUGAGAAUAUAGAUGUUAUCAAGGAAGAAUGUGUUGAUGACGUUGAAGCAAAUGUUGCAGAAGUCAACAAAGUUCGUUUUCAGAUUGUGUAUUCUGAAGAGUCGUAA